GAUAUGUCAGCCUACGUGAAAAAAAUCCAGUUCAAGUUGCACGAGAGCUACGGGAACCCCUUGAGAGUUGUUACCAAACCACCGUAUGAGAUCACCGAAACAGGCUGGGGUGAAUUUGAGAUCAUCAUUAAGAUAUUUUUCAUUGAUCCAAAUGAAAGACCUGUAACCUUGUAUCACUUGCUGAAGCUUUUCCAGUCCGAUACCAAUGCCAUCCUGGGAAAGAAAACUGUAGUUUCUGAAUUCUAUGAUGAAAUGAUAUUUCAAGAUCCUACUGCAAUGAUGCAGCAGCUGUUAACAACGUCUCGUCAACUAACGUUAGGUGCUUAUAAGCAUGAGACAGAGUUUGCAGAUCUUGAAGUGAAGACCAGGGAAAAGCUGGAAGCUGCCAAAAAGAAAACUAGUUUUGAAAUUGCUGAGCUUAAAGAGAGACUAAAAGCAAGUCGUGAAACCAUCAACUGUUUAAAGAGUGAGAUCAGAAAACUGGAAGAAGAUGACCAGUCUAAAGAUAUGUGA